AUGGCCGAACCCAUCAAGAACAAGCGGCCCGACCCCGCUGCUCCCACCCCUCAGAACACACCUGCAAAUGCUGCUCCCAUCUCGUCGCAUGCCCAGCAGCCGGGUGUUUCCAGCAUCAAGGAAGCCGAGGAACUUACCGCCGCCUCCAUUUUUGCCAAAGACCCCCACCUUGUAUCGCUGAUUCAGGGCCGUCUCGGUUCCCUUGUCGGCCGGUCGUCCGGAUACAUCGAGUCACUCCCCUCUGAGGUUAAGCGCCGUGUCGCUGGCCUCAAGGGCAUCCAGAAGGAUCACUCCAAGCUGGAGGCUGAGUUCCAAGAGGAGGUCCUGCAACUUGAGAAGAAGUAUUUUGCCAAGUUCACUCCUCUGUACGAGCAGCGCUCUGCCAUUGUAAAUGGCAAGACCGAGCCCACCGAUGACCAGGUUGAAGCUGGCGAGGAGGAUGAGGAAGAGGAGGAGGGUGCUGCCAUCAAGGAGGAGAAGCCCGCCGAGAGUGCCGAGAAGGUUUCGGGUAUUCCUGAGUUCUGGCUCUCGGCCAUGAAGAACCAGAUCUCAUUGGCUGAGAUGAUUACCGACCGUGAUGAAGGUGCCCUCAAGUCACUAAUCGACAUUCGGAUGGAGUACCUCGACAAGCCCGGCUUCCGCCUCAUCUUCGAGUUCGCCGAUAACGAGUACUUCACCAACAAGAUCAUCACCAAGACGUACUACUACCAAAACGAGAGUAGCUAUGGCGGUGAUUUCAUUUAUGAUCACGCCGAUGGUGACAAGAUUGAUUGGAAGGCCGGCCAGGACUUGACUGUCCGCAUCGAGCAGAAGAAGCAGCGGAACAAGACCACUAAGCAGACCCGCAUUGUUAAGAAGACUGUGCCUACCGAGUCUUUCUUCAACUUCUUCUCCCCUCCCAAGGCCCCGAACGACGAGGAUGACGAUGCCGCCUCCGAUAUUGAGGAGCGUCUGGAGCUUGACUACCAGCUCGGCGAGGACAUCAAGGAGAAGCUCAUUCCCCGGGCGAUCGACUGGUUCACCGGCGAGGCUCUUGCUUUUGAGGAGCUUGAUGAGGACGACCUUGGAGACUUCGAUGAGGACGACGAUGAAGAUGAGGAUGACGAUGAUGCCAGCGACGACCAUGACGACGAGGAGGAGUCGGAGGAGGAAGAGGAUGACGGCACCAAGCCCAAGCAGGAGCCGACUGAGUGCAAGCAGAGCUAA